UUUAUAAUUACAAGAGUACUGAUAAUAAAAAAAAUAAUCAAAAUUUCACAUUAGCAAAUAUGCUAGUUAAAAUGAGAUAAAUAAAAACAAAGGAAGUGGCGUAAAACCCUACCACCCAAAGGCGCAACGGCACCCAAAACCGAAUGGGGCAUAACCUUUUCACUUCUGAGCUCUAACGUCCUAUAUUCCUUCCUUGAUCACCCCCUUAUCAUACAUAGACCGUUCCAAUAUUCUUGUAUACCGACAUUUCUCAGUAUUCUCACAACCCCACCAAAAAAAAAAUGGAAACAUCUCCAAUACACCAUUAUCAAAGCAGAAAGAAACUCAUUAAAAGCUAAAACAACAGUUUCCACAAUUAAUCCCCAACAUUAAAAUGUUCAAGUUUAAUUCAUAAACUCCUCCCAAAAUUAAAUGGGUAACUCCCACAUUAACACUCGUAAAAACCGGCAUCAUCAUCACCAUCAACAACAGGUGGAACAAUCUUCUUCAUCAAUUCCUCCCCCUUCAAAUCCCAACUAUUUAUACCCCCCUCCUACUCCUCUCUUUCCAUAUCCGUACAAUCCUCAACCUCAAUCUUCUUCUUCUUCAAUGGCGCUUUCGUUGCCGUACUCCCAUGUCGACUCCUGCUUACGCGCUCUAGCUCAACAAGCUCAGGGUUUCGGUCGAUUUUCCCUUGGCGGCCUUCACGGUCCCCUUUUUCAUGUCACCACCCUCUCCGAUGAUGGGCCGGGAUCGUUAAGGGAAGCGUGUCGAAAGAAGGAACCACUCUGGAUUGUAUUUGAAGUUUCAGGUACCAUUGAGCUGAAGUCGUACUUGAAUGUAUCGUCUUGUAAGACGAUAGAUGGACGUGGGCAAAGGAUUAAGUUCACAGGGAAAGGGUUAAGGCUCAAGGAGUGUGAGCAUGUGAUUAUAUGCAAUCUUGAGUUUGAAGGUGGGAGGGGACAUGAUGUAGAUGGGAUUCAGAUUAAGCCGAAUUCUAAGCAUAUAUGGAUUGAUCGUUGCACCUUGCGUGAUUAUGAUGAUGGUCUCAUUGAUAUCACCAGGCAGAGUACUGAUAUCACUAUCUCUAGGUGUCAUUUCUCUCAGCAUGACAAAACAAUGCUCAUUGGAGCAGAUCCAUCUCAUGUUGAUGAUAGAUGCAUUCGGGUGACUAUUCACCACUGUUUCUUUGAUGGAACUCGACAAAGACAUCCUCGUGUGAGAUACGGGAAGGUUCAUCUUUACAACAAUUACACCAGGGGUUGGGGUAUUUAUGCUGUCUGUGCCAGUGUAGAAUCUCAGAUAUAUUCUCAGUGCAACAUUUAUGAAGCUGAUAAGAAGAAAACAGCUUUUCUGUACUAUACAGAGAAGGCCACUGAUAAAGAACAAGAAGCUACUGGAAGCAUAAUAUCUGAAGGAGACCUCUUUUUAAAUGGCGCUGUAUCAGGAGUAAAGCCAUUGGCGAAUGAAGAGACUGUGUUUCAUCCCAGCGAGUUUUACAGUGACUGGACAUUGGAACCUCCUACUGAAUCCCUUAAACAUAUUCUCCAGCAUUGUACAGGAUGGCAGAACAUUCCUUGCUUGCCUGAAAAUCUCUCUGAUGCUUAGUCAGGCUUACUAUGCAGCAAUACGAACAACCAGAACAUCACCAUUCUUCUAUAAAUAUAAACAUAUACAGGGAGAUUAGUCAUCGUUUGAAUAUUAUAAUAAUGUAGAUAGAUAGUCAGUAUUUACCAUUUCCGUGAUAUGACUAAUAAUAAUAAUAAUGUUCAUUUGCUGCAAACUAGAAAUGCUGAUAAAUAAGAAAAACUCGUUCUUGUCA